GGACCACUCCAGGCACCUAUUGUUCCUCUAAGUAAACUUACAGACAGAUGCCCUGCACCACAGUGUGGGAGAGAGUCCAAAGAAUCAGGAGGACGGAGCCAGUUAAGGAUUGCAGAGAACAACCAGACAACAAGGACCUGGAAACACUGCAGCCUAGCCUCAGCUCCAGCAUCUCUGCAUCCUUUUUGGUCGUUCAGCGUGUCUCCUGCCUGUCUGCUUGUUGUCACUGUGGAGUGGAGGUCUGAUGCUCUGACACCAUGCUGCUGCUGAUAUCACUGCUGCUUAUGGGACUCGACUGCUUGCCCUUGGGAGCCCCGACAGGUCGAGAGGUCUACAGGAUGCCCCAGAGUGCACUCAAAGCUCUGUCUGAUCGUGGCACCGUGGUUCUAGAGGCGGCCAUGACUAGUGCCUUGUCCUCUCUUGAGCGUGCAUCAUCUGAGAGAAGUCAGGCUGAAGCAGGCUGCCGAGGCUGUGCUCCCUGUUUGUUUCAGGACUGUGGACAGCUGUCUGGGUCCUGUUCGUCUCCUGCCAAUGCCUUAUCAGAACCUAUCUGUGAUGUCAUCAGUAAAGCCCAGAAGCUUCAGGAUGAAGCUGAGCGGAGUUGGGCUCUGAGCCAGGCCUGUGCAUACUAUCAGCAUCGCUGCCCACCUGGUGAACUGGACAAAGAGACCUGCAUCAGGAUCAUGGGUGAGAGUUGCAGCGCCCGUGUCCUCCAGUGCAGCCUGCUUAACACAAUGCAGAACCUGGAACCUGCUACACAGACGCAUGCACAGGCAGUGUGUGGUCAGAGGUCGUCCACGGUGCAAAACAUCACACAGCCUCGCUCGCGGAUCGUGGGCGGCUCGCCUGCUCCUCCAGGCAGCUGGCCCUGGCUGGUCAACCUCCAGUUAGAUGGUGGCCUGAUGUGUGGAGGGGUCCUGGUGGACAGCUCCUGGGUGGUCACUGCUGCUCAUUGUUUUGCUGGCAGCCGAAGCGAGAGCUACUGGACAGCCGUGGUGGGCGAGUUUGACAUCACGAAGACUGACCCUGAUGAGCAGCUUCUCAAAGUGAAUCGCGUCAUCCCUCAUCCUAAGUUCAAUCCAAAGACAUUUAACAACGAUAUAGCCCUGGUGGAGCUGACAUCCCCAGUGGUCCUGUCCAGCCGUGUCACUCCGGUGUGUCUCCCCUCUGGCAUGGAGCCCCCUACUGGCAGUCCAUGUCUGGUGGCAGGCUGGGGCUCCCUCUAUGAGGAUGGCCCGUCUGCUGACGUGGUGAUGGAGGCCAAGGUUCCCCUACUGCCUCAGAGCACCUGUAAGAGUGCCCUUGGCAAAGAACUAGUCACCAAUACUAUGCUGUGUGCUGGCUAUCUCUCUGGAGGCAUAGACUCCUGUCAGGGAGAUUCUGGAGGCCCGCUGAUCUACCAGGAUCGAAUUUCAGGUCGGUUCCAGCUCUACGGCAUUACCUCCUGGGGAGACGGCUGCGGAGAGAAGGGCAAGCCUGGAGUCUACACACGGGUGUCUGCUUUCUCCGACUGGAUUCAGACUGAGAUACAGAAGUCAUUUGGAAGCAGGGAGCCAACAUGUCCGGAGCUUCUAAAGACAACAGAAAUGACGGAGGAGGAGCAGAGGUCGGAGUUCAGCUCUAUCUGUCGCUUCUAUACCCUGACCUGCCCCCCUGGUCAGUCUGCCAGCGCUUGUAGCCGAAUGGCUGAGGACAAGUGCCUCACCCGCUUUAAGAAAUGUCAGUUGCGUUCGUUCCUACAAACCCUGUUGGACUUGCUCCAGAGGGCAGAGGACUACAUCCGGGACAAAGUUGACUUGACCUUCUUCACCAAGACUCUGCCUCAGCUGGUGGAGCACAUCUACAGCACAGCUUUCACUCACACUAGAGAGAGGAGGGACCUGGGCCUGAGCCAUGGUCUCACACAGAUUAAAGAACAGCUAGGUGGAGCUGUGGUGCCAACAGAACAGGGUCCUUCUCCAGUUCCCCCAGCCUUAUUCAGAGAGGUGGGGCCCUCAGUGGAUGACUGGGAGAAAUACCUGAGAAACAUGGCUGAAGACCUGGACAAACAACACACUGACACAUCCACAGACAUCUCCUCCACACCAACAAGACAGGAGGACAACCUUUUCUUACAGACAGAGGACUCCUCAGUACAUCAGCUGGAGGGACAAUUUCAAUCUGUUAUCUCAGCUCUGCGCUCCAAACUGUACUCCAGAGCUGCUCCUCCCAUCCUGCAUUUGGAUACAGUCUACCUCCAGGAGGAUUCUCCCAACAGUCCCCCUUUAACUACAUCUUCUACUGGAGCACCAGUCCCCUCCUCCUCCUCCUCCUCCCAGGAAUCCCAGGAGCCUUGGUCACUUCUAACAGCCCUGAUGAAUGAAUUUGAGAAAUUAAGCACACAAGAUGAAAUUGUGACAGAAGAUGUGCCACAAAGUCAAACCUCGUCCAAUAGCGACGCUUCUCCUGAUGUAAAAUGGAGCACCACUUCUGAGGAUUUUACUUUUGUUGAGCAUGAAGACGGAACAGAAUUAAAAUCUUCAGCGUUACCGCUCCCAGUGCAGUCGACAUCUGUCGUUCAGCCAGGCAAUGUGGGUGCUCACACAGAGACGACCGCUGACCCCAGACAAGCUGUUUACACUGUAAAGACAUUUAGCCUUCACAGAAAAUACAGGAGCCUUCUUCGCAAGAGGCAGAUACCUGGGGCCGGUGUGAAAAUUUGUCCUGGAGUGAGAGAGUCCUCACAGCAAGUCAACCAGGUCAGAGACUCUUACAGCUGGGUCUUAAGCAUCCCAAGCAAGAACCUACGCAUGAAUUUCCAAGAGGUGUUAGUUGAUCUGAGCUCCAAGAACGAUCGAGGACUUUACCAGGCACGAGUCAGAGCAGUAGUGGGCGGACGACCUUUGACCUUCUACAGUCUUGUGGGCCUAGAGAACGAGUCAUUCUACCGCAGUGUGCCAAGAAUCAUCGCUUUGGCACUGGAGGCACUGAAGACUUAACUUUAUCAUAACAGCAAGUGAGAUAAAAAUAAAAGACUGACUCAAAUGAGAGAUGAUAGCACGACUCUCAAGGAGACCUGUUUGCACCAGAAAAGCCUCAUCAUGGGACAGAGAGACGCACAUAUUUCGCACACUCACUCAAACUUUACUUCUUCUGCUGUCUCUUGUGAAAUAAGCAUUAUUUUGUUUUACCCCUAUCUGAGAGCCUGACUUUGGCUCAAAAUGAAAACACAACCAUGAAUGUAUCAAUCCAACUAUAGCCCACCCAUCGUGCCACAGGAUUUUUUUUUUUAUGUGGUUGGAGACACUGCCUUGUCUAACUUAUGAAUCUGUACAAAAUGAUAAGUUAUUCAUAUUGUCUUUUGCAAAGGUUGAGCCUCUUGUGAAGCACACAGACUGUAUAUAUUAUUUGUAUUCUUACCUUAUCCUUACCAUAUUUAUUUGUAUAGAGAAAAGCAUUUGU